GUUGUUGAGUGGUGGUGGUGAUGUGUUGUUGAUUGUUGUUGAGUGGUGGUGGUGGUGAUGUGUUGUUGAGUGUUAAAGUCUCUGUGGGGUGGGGCCCGACUCGACUUUAACUCCAUCAACAGAGGAAGUCGUCUCGCACGCCGCACGACGCAUUCCGCGGCCGUGUUUGCUUGCUGUUAAUUACUUAGGCGAACUAAAAAAACCCACGUCGCUUCGACGCGAACGCCCCCAACAAGUGUGGGUUCGGCUCGACGCCGGUUUAUCAUGCGGCUGCUUUUAAAAAGAUGACUCUGAGCCUACGCUGCCAUGCCAAGUAUUGAAGAUGUGCAGGAGGCUGUGCAGUCCAUCGAGCGACUGCAACAACGCCUGCGACAGAGGGCGGGCGGGAGCGGCGGCGUAGGCGUUGGUGGACGGGCCAAGGUCGAUGUAGCGUCGCACGAAGCGCACCUAAGACUGCUCAAGGACACCCUGCAGAGUUCGACAUUCCGGAGCAUCUUUGCACUGCAGGGCUCCAUAGCGCAGCUUGACAAGCAGCUGGAUUCGCUGCCGAGCAGGAGAGUGUCCCAGUAUGACUUCUCGCCGUCGGGCGAGCUUGUGUUUGAGGAGCACGGAACAUCCGUUCCCAUUAUCCAGCUCCCAGCGGCGCCACUGCCCCCCACUGUGGAUGAUGAGGACUUUACCCUGGUGGUGAAGCAUCUAGCUCAGGGCCGCCUUGUGCACUUUGUGGACCUCGACAAGCCCGAGGGCGUCGGCCUGGGCUUCAGUGUCAUGGGCGUGAGGAGCGAGAAUGGACACAACGGCAUCUUCAUCAAGGCCAUCCACGCGGACAGCAUCGUCGGCAGGGAUGGCCGUCUCCAAGAGGGAGACCAGAUCCUGGCCAUCAAUGGCAUGCCGCUGGACGAGCGCGUCUCACAGGAGCAGGCGGUGCGGCUGCUGCAGACGACCACGGGGCCCGUGCAGCUCGCGGUCGCCCGCUUCUCCCACGACACUGAGACGCCCCCAACAGAGGGACUGGAGCAGACUGAAACCAUUGAGUUGGUGACUACGGGCAGUGGAAUGGGCUUUGGAAUCGUGGGCAACCGAGCCACAGGGAUCACCGUCAAGACAAUCUUGCCCGGAGGAGUCGCUGACAGGGAUGGGCGCUUGUGCACGGGCGAUCGGAUCCUUCGCAUCGGCGACAUGGACGUGCGGGACAAGGGGAGCGAGGAGGUGAUCUCUAUCCUGCGCCAGUGUGGUACGCGCGUCCUCCUCCUGGUUGCUCACGGAGAGCCUGGCGGGCAGCUCCCUGCCACCCCAUCGCCGGCACUCGCUCAGACUCCUCCGGACCUCCCUCCGGUCGACUACAUCCCUUCGGAGGCUUCGCAUUCCUUGGCGGCGGACCGUGCCGGCGCGUCCGAGCCCUGGGCAGGCGAGAGCAGCGUGGACGAGGAGGGAGUUGAUGACGACGUGGAGGUAUACGAUGUGGAGCUCACGAAGGGUGGCCAUGGCCUGGGGAUCAAUCUCACCAGCACAAGCGACAACAGGAUUGUCGUGAGAAGCAUGGUACCCGGCAGCCUGGCCGAAAGAGACGGGCGGAUCGGCGUGGAUGAUCAAAUCGUGGCGGUGGACGGCAUAUUCAUCGGGGCGCUGAGCAACACGGAUGCCCUUGGUCUUCUUUGCUCCACGGGACGCACAGUAUGCCUGUCUCUGGUGAAGAGUCGCGCGAGCGAGUGUGACGCAAGAGUCACACGAACAUCCCCGACCUCCGCCGCGCCCGUCGCCACCUCUCCCGCUAAGCGGGGAACGCACACAGGCGACCAAUCCUCUGUGGGGCAAAUUACGGAGGAGGAAGCGAUGGCCUUGCUCCGGAGUUACGAUUCAGACGCGCCGCAGAGCCAGCUCGCGCUCAACACCGAGGCUGAUCCACUGGGGCCCGAGGUGCUCGUGGAUGAACAGGAGACGACCGUGGUGGAAACUCGGGGAGCUGAUGCUGCUGCCACACCUCCACCGCCAGUGGAACUAUCGGCGGACGAGCCGCACCUUCGCAAGAACGAGCCCCUCCUCACCUGGACCGCCUACGGGGUGGUCGCCAGGGUCACGACGCAGGCCAGCGGCGGCAACCAAUCGGCGGGGUUGGUGACGGGACCGGGGCAGGAAGUGGGCGGGGCCGAGGUGGAGAUGCCCGUCGAUGACGACGACGACGACUCCAUGGAACCGGCGAUCUACGACAGAACGCAGAGCCUCAUCCCCCAGUUUGCAGAGCGCCGGGUGCGUGCGCGCGAUAAUCACGAAGGGAUGCCGGGGGCUCCACAACCCCGGAGGCCGGCGGCCGUGUCACGGACGGAGGACGGCACAUCCAGCGACGAGGAGGUCAACCUGGACGACUUCCUGAGCCGAGCGAGGAGCUCGCAGGAGGAUUCUGUGGAUGGAAGUGGUGCUGUGAAAUUUACAGCCGGUGCCAGUCACAGCCCUCCCCACAGGAGCCCCCAGCAGCUUGGCUCCGCAAGAAAAGUGGAAGGCGGGCACGCACGGCAAUUUCAGUACAGCGAGCUGCCGGAGCGCGAGGAGGGCGAGGGCCAGGAGAGCGAAGUGCAGCACUCGGGCGGACACCGAAACUGGGGCCCCCCACGCAGGGUCGAGCUACGGCGAGUUCCAGGGGUGCCACUGGGCAUCAGCAUCGUGGGCGGUCGUGACCAGGCCAGCGGUGGUGCCGCCCCUGUCAACCCGCUCCAUGCCGGCAUCUUCAUUAAGCAGGUCCUGGAGGGCAGCCCGGCCGACACCACAGCUGGCCUGCGUGCUGGCGACAAGAUUGCUGCUGUCAACGGAGUGCAGCUCCUGGACGUCACUCAUGCAGAGGCUGCGGCCUUGCUGAAGCGCUCGGGCAACCCGCUCGUGCUGACCGUGCAGUCCCUCGUGACUGUCCCACGGCCGCACAGCGUGCACACCCUCCUGAUGGCUCCGCAGUUGCCCCAAGAAGAGCAGGUGGAGGUCAAGGUGCAUCGUGCACAGGCGCACGCGCGCGCCGGGCAGCCGGCAGACGCGGCGGACUGCGCCCCCAAUCAGCCGGGCGCCGCAGCGGGGCCGGGCGCCGGGCCUGGCGCUCCCGCCCCAGCCCAGCCGCAGCGGGGAUCGCCCACCGCUCCUCUGUCCCACCUCGAGGAGGACGAUGAGGAGGAGGACGUCGACGAGGAGGAGGACGAGCAGCAGCCAGGGGAUGGAGCCGGCUCUGCGGGGCUGAGCCAGGGUCAAGGAGAGGAACUUGUGGAGCAGGACUUGGGUGAGCUCACAGAAGACAAGCUGCGGCAGCGCUACGGCCACCUGCCGGGCGAGGUGCUGUCCCUGGAUCUGGAGAAGGGUCGCGGCGGCGGGGGCCUGGGCCUCAGCCUCGCGGGCAACAAGGAUCGCUCGCGCAUGAGCGUCUUCGUCGUGGGCGUCCACCCGGACGGCGCGGCGGCCCACGACGGACAGAUCCAGAUCGGGGACGAGCUGCUGGAGAUUAACGGGCAGAUCUUGCAUGGCAGAAGCCACCAGAACGCGUCGGCCAUCAUCAAAGGCACGCCGUCCAAAGUGAAAGUGGUCCUUCUUCGGAACAAGGAUGCCCUCAACCAGAUGGCCGUGCCUCCCAUCCGGAGCCCCCUUCCCAUCUCCAUCUCCGCCCCGUCCAGCGCUCACUCCGGGGCGAGAUCGCUCGAGAGCCACAGCUCGGCAGCCUCCUCAGGCCAGGCACCCCUACGACCCAAAGGGGACUUCUCCUCCUUCCCAGACGUGCACGAUGUCGUUGUGACUAAGGAGGAGAGUGGAGGCAUCGGUGUCUCUCUGAGCCAGGAGGGAUCGACCGAGGGAUUGUCAGUGAAAAGCCUCGAGCAGAACACAGCUGCUGCAAAGGGUGGCCGGCUGAAGGUGGGAGACCGCAUCCUGGCCGUGAAUGGGGAACCUGUUCUGGGCCAAACGGCCGACAAGGUGCAGCAGCUGAUGCGGCAGGACCCGGACCCGUCGGUCACGCUGACGGUGAGCUCGCGGGACGAGCGGAACUUCCCCCAGGUGCCCACCACGCUCGCCGUGCCGCCAACCACAACCCAGCCGCCGCCUUCCGCCGCCCCCAGCGUCACGUCGUCCCGCGUGGCGGAGGAGUUGGACCCCGCCACGUGUGCCAUCGUGGCCGGCCGCGAGACGACCGUCGAGAUCAGCAAGGGCCGCACGGGCCUGGGCCUCAGCGUCGUGGGCGGCGUCGACACCCCCCUGGGAGCAAUCAUGAUUCACGAGGUUUACGAAGAAGGAGCUGCUGCCAAGGACGGGAGGCUGUGGGCCGGAGACCAAAUCUUGAAGGUGAACGGGACGGACCUGCGCUCGGCCACGCACGAGGACGCCAUCAACGCUCUGCGCGCGUCGCCGCAGCUCGUGCGUCUGUACGUGUACCGCGACGAGGCACGCUACCGCGGCGACGACGAGAGCGCGCUGCACAUCUUCACCGUGGAGCUGUUAAAGAAGGCCGGCCGCGGCCUCGGCCUCAGCAUCGUCGGCAAGAAGAGUGGGAACGGGGUGUUUGUGUCGGAGGUGGUGCACGGGGGGGCGGCCGAGGCUGACGGACGACUCACGCAAGGCGACCAGAUCCUGUCGGUGGACGGGGAGGACGUGCGUUCUGCCUCGCAGGAGACCGUCGCUGCCAUCCUCAAGUGCGCCCAGGGCGUGGUGAAGAUGGAGGUGGGGCGCAUGAAGGUCGGCUCCCUGCUCUCCUCCCGGCGAACGUCCGACACCAGCCAGGUGAGCCAGGCGAGCGCCAACAGCCUGCCCCCGCCGUUCGGCGUCGUCACGUCGAGCGUCGCCACCGCCGCCGCCGCCACAGCGACCGCCAGCGCCAGCGGCAGCGGCAGCAGCAGCGAGCCCACGCCGAGCCGCUCCGACAGCACGCUGUCGCCCACCAGCUCGCAGGCCACGUCCGGCUCGGAAACACCGCAGCAGCAGCAACAAAUACGGACUGUGGAACUGACCAAGGACCCCAACGACUCCCUGGGCAUCAGCAUAGCGGGGGGCAUGGGCAGCCCCCUGGGGGACGUUCCGGUCUUCAUCGCCAUGAUCCAGGCCGACGGGAUUGCCGCCCGCACGCAGAAGCUCAAGGUGGGAGAUCAGCUGAUAAGCGUCAACGGUGAGGCGGUGCAGGGGCUGACGCACGCGCAGGUGGUGGGGCUCCUCAAGAAGUCUCCCUGCAUCCUCCGGCUGCAGGUUGUGGCCGGAACGGACCUCAGCCGGUUUUUCAACCGCAGCGACGGCGCUCAGUCGAGUAGCGGCAGCUCCUCCAGCCAAUCGGGCGCCGGCAUCGCCGCCGCGGACCUUGGGCCGCAGCAGCACAAGACGAUAGUGCUGGAGCGCGGGCCCGACGGGCUGGGCUUCAGCAUCGUCGGCGGUCGGGGAAGCCCUCACGGUGACCUCCCCAUCUACGUCAAAACCGUCUUCAACAAGGGUGCCGCCGGUCACGACGGGAGGCUCCGGCGAGGGGACCAGAUCGUGUCGGUGAACGGGGAGUCGCUGGAGGGGGUGACCCACGAGGAGGCGGUGGCGGCGCUCAAGAGGGCGAGGGGCCCCGUUACGCUCACGUUGCUGUCCUAGGUGACGGCGACGACAACGACGUUGAUGACGAUGCUUGCAACGACUGACAUCUCUCCCUUCCCAAUCGCAGCCACCUGACGCCACCGGGCGCCACCACGACUACGGAAGAGACGGCGCAACCGCCAAUCGGCGCAACCGCCAAAUUCCUUCGGCUGCAAGCGACAAAGUUUCCAAAGAGGUGACGCCGGUAGCAGCUUCGCCGACCGGCCCGUUUCCGACACCGCCGAGUUGCGACCACAGCCACGCCAAGUCGUAGAGUCUGCCGCCGUCCCUGCGUUGUCGGUGACGGUGACGUCGCGCAUCGUGGUCGUUUGUGCGACGGGCUGACGGCUAAGCCGCUGUAACACUUAACCCUCGAGCGCCACGUCCUACAAGCACGCGGUGACCACCGGGGCUUCGCCUCGGCCGCAGCGAGUGCCACGGUGCGCCGAGCUGCACGGCGACGCCAUCGACCGUCCCUUGCCCCCCCCCCCCUCCAAACCCCUGCUUACGUUUAUGCAGCGCGUGAGCCUUGUGUGGGCGGCCAUUGUGAACGGCAGUAGCGGCGACCGGCUAAUAGACUGUUCAUGCCAGUGUUCUUCACUCAUUUUCAUGGGGGGAGGGGCGGCGGCGGCGGGGGGGCACUUUUGCCAAUAAGACAUCAUCAGGGUGCGAGGGCCGUCAUACGUUUGAAACCAUUGGGGUUUGACAGCAGCACGAUGAUGGGGGGGGGGGGUGUUUUCAGUCUUUGUGUAUUGUCGGGGGGGGGGGGGGCGUACGUCAGGGGGCCGCACUAAAGGCCACCAGGGGCCUUGCAAUGAAGAACACUGGGUUAUGCCAACAGACGAAAUCAAAACCAUUUUGCAAACGAUUAAAUUAAUACAAAAACGUGCUAUAUAUUAUACGAAAAUAUCAAAAUAUAUAUGAACUUAUUCGGAGUUUAAACGGCGAUGUUGAACUCGGUGGAGCCAACUUUUCAUGGUUCGGCCUUUUUGCUACUGAGUCGUUUGCGGAAUUUCUUAAGCCGCCUUGCAAGCACAUGGCAGCGGGGAAGGUCAUGACGUUUAAUUUCCUGUCAUUUUUUAAAAUGUAAUCUGUAAAAAAAAAGAACAAGGAGUCAUCCCAAUUACUGCAACCUCGCUGACGGAGCUUGUAAGGGUUUCAGCAUAACAGCACACGUGUGGCGAUUAUCUGAACUGGUCCUGGGCCUCUCCUAGGUCGACCCAGCAUGAAAUAAUUACCUGGUGCGAUAUGUAAACAUCGCCACUGGGCAAAUGAAGGCGGCCGGGUGUGGUGCUGGUCAUCCACCCCCUCGUGUGCUGUGCUGACCUUCAUAGGUGCUUGCUAGCAGCACUUGCUCCAACUGUGAAAGGCUACACGGGGGAUCUUUACCUUUGGGAGACAUCCUGUAAUGGGACAGGCAUGCACAGGAGGUGAAAUGUAAGAGUGAAUAUAUGACGUCUGGCUCCCUUCUCGAUAGAGGUCAACUUUAGGUUCUAAUCCCCGUCCAUCAUCUCCAAACCAUGCCUACAUCCGGGAUUAGUUUCAGCUGAGUUUGUAUUGAGAUAGCGACCCAUAUCCAGUAUAUUUCCCGCUGUGGCUGCUGGUCACAUGCCUGCUCCGCUCAACCAGCAACGUGGAAAAUUAUUGGGAAAUUAGGCCCUGGCUACAUCUUUACAUCAACAACAACUACUAAAUGCAAUCGUAUGUUUCAAAUACACUUACAAAAUUAAAACUAUAUCCCCGGGUAGAAGGUGGUGUCGAGAGGGGAGGGGUGUGAGCACCGGGAACCGUGGCCGGGGGGAGAUGGAGCGACACCUGGGGCCAAGCAAGGCGGGCCAAGCAUCAACAACACCGACAACAACAACAACGAGCCCCAGGGGCAACCAGGGCAGCGCCAGCAAGCCCCCAGGGCAUCGUCGGGGCACUGAGACCAACGCACACUUGCCCCAACGUAAGCGCGAACGUACCCCGACGCUCGGUUGGUUUGAAUAAAUGUGCGCACUUGUCAAGUGCGAUAUGAGCCUCAUGCGCGCUCAUGCGUCGUGUGCUGUGCGCCGUUACUGUGACACAGCUCCUUGUCCAGCCAAGCCAAGAUUAUCCACAACAUUUGCUUAGGGGAAUCGUUAGUUUUGAUUGCGACGCCUCCAAUGAAAUUUGUGGGGCAUUAUCAAGAGCAUGGUCUACAGCUGUCUC